AUGCAGACCCAACCCCACGCAGAAGAGGUGCGCGUGGUCUCCGCAGCAGAAUUGUCUGAAAGACCACAAGGAGAGACAGGCGGGGAGCUGUCAGAUACAGAGCUCGCCGAAAUCUACUCAUUCGCCAUCCAACUCGGCAGAGAUGCCGGGGCAAUGCUGCUGAAUAGUCUACACAGAAGACGACGAGAUGAAGCCGUUGGUACGGGGCCCGAAGAGGAGACGGUCUUGGAGGAGAAGUUGAAUGCUGUCGAUAUUGUCACGGAAACGGAUCGUGAAGUCGAAGAAUUCAUCCAUUCGGCCGUGGCCACUCGUUAUCCGUCACACGCAUUCAUCGGGGAAGAAACGUAUUCGAGCGGCUCGACGAAAGAAUACCUCGUAACAGACGCUCCGACAUGGGUCAUUGACCCUCUCGACGGCACCGUCAACUUCACCCACUCGUUCGUCAUGUUCUGCGUCAGCAUUGCCUUGGUAGUCAGAGGGAAACCUGUCAUCGGAGUCAUCCACGCUCCUCUUCUGAAUCAGCUCUUCUCGGCAUGCAAGGGCAAAGGCGCUUGGCUGAACGAGACCAUGAGGCUGCCUUUGCUGGGCAAGGUCGGCGUCGGACCGAUCCCACGCAACGCGCCGUCCAAAUGUAUCUUCUCCUGCGAGUGGGGGAAGGAUAGAAAGGAUGAGCCUGACGGCAAUCUGCAUCGUAAAGUCGACAGUUUUGUGAAUAUGGCUGCGGAGGUCGGGGCCAGAGGUGGAAAAGGGGGCAUGGUUCAUGGCGUCAGGAGUCUGGGUAGCGCUACAAUGGACUUGGCGUAUACAGCUAUGGGGGCAUUUGAUAUCUGGUGGGAAGGCGGCUGUUGGGAAUGGGAUGUCGCCGCGGGAACAUGUUUGGUGCAAGAGGCCGGUGGGUUGCUCACGACGGCCAAUCCGCCGGAGGACUCUCAGACUGCUGACAUUGAGGAUGCGAAGUUGGGUAGUAGGUUGUAUCUUGCUGUUCGACCCGCUUGUGACAAUCCUGGAGAAACGGCUCGAGAAGGACAAGAAAGACUGGUCAGAGAAGUUUGGCGAAGAGUGCGACAUUUGGACUACUCUAGACCUGGAGUAGCAUAA